AUGAGAGAGGAGUCAAGUCAGGGCAAGGGCAGUCCAAAGAGCAAGUCAUAUCAAGAGAGUCAGGGAGGAGGACAGUCAGAGAACAGAGAGAGGUCAGCCAUAGCCCAAAGAAGAUCACAGAAGGAAAGUCAGGGAGAGCAGUCAGCAGGGGAGAGAAGGAAGUCAGGUCAGGCAGACAGAAGGGAUGGAGAGAGCAGAGAGGUCAAGGAGGAGUCAAGAGCAAAAGCAGACAGCAAGCAGAGACAGAGAGAGUCAGAGCCCCAGAGCCAGUCAGGGCAGAGGGAUCAGAGGGGCAGGGCAGGUCAAGAGGGGAGGAGAGGGCAGCAGAGCAGCAGAAGAGAGCAGAGAAGGGAGGGCAACAGAGCAGAGGUCAAGCAUCAUAGCAGAGAAGCAGUGGAACAGGGACAAGCGAGAGGAGAUGGAGAGGUCAAGGGAGCAAGCAGACAGAGAGUCAAGGGCAAGGAUCAGAGCAGAGGGCAGGGAGAGUCAGUCAAGGCAGGGAGAUCAGGAGAGGGUCCAGAAGAGAGAAGCCAGCAGUCAAGAGAGAGCCCAGAGGCAGGAGCAGUCAGAGGGAGGGAAGUCCAGCAGCCGAGAAGGCAGAGGGGAGCAAGAGAGCAGAGAGCAGAGUCACAAGUCAGAGAGUCAAGAAGACAGGGGAUCAGAGAAGGAAAGAGGGCGAGAGACGGAGCGCGGGCAGGGUCAGAGGGAGAUGAGAGUCAGCAGAGUCAAGGGGAAGGAUCAGGAACCAGGAGACAGGGAGAGGAGCAGAGAUAA